AUAUAAAUUCAUUUUUCUAAUUUUGUCUAGAGCCAAGAGAGAAUUCUAACAAAAUAGGAUAAUGACAAAUCCAAAUAACAAAAUUUUCAGUUAAUAGUCAAUUCCUUUUCCAAAAUAUAGUCCAAAAUGUAGUGUUAAUUUACCCACUUUUUUUUUUUUUAAAAAAAAACCUUCUUUAUUCACUUAAAACUCCACCUAAAAAAACAAAUUACCACCUAAUAAAAUAAAUCAAGUCAAAACCAUCCAAAAUCCAUCCAAAAUCCAUUAAAUACACUCCUCCACUCUUCCCGCAAUAUAAUACUCCAUAGAAUCCAAUGUUCCGAAACACAAACUAAACCUUCUGCCGUCUGUCAUCAUUACUCUCCCUGCAACUUCCCGUCACAUUAAAUUCUCUCACCUCCCUCCAAAAAUAAAAAUAAAAAUAAAAAUCACUCUUUUACUCCUUACUUCCAAUGACAGAAACUUUCCUAUAAUACCACUUUCAUCACUGGAAGUUUCCUUUAUUUACAAUCAUGCCAUCCCGGCAACCUCCAUCACCGUCAUCGUCACCGUCGUCACUGCAGACUCUCCCUCCUCACCUCAUCCCUCUCAUCUCCGUCGCCGGCGCCGGAAUUUUCUCUCUCAUCAUAAUCAUCGUCGUCGUUUACCGGAAACUUAAUCUCAGCCGUCGAACAGCUCCGUUGGAUGAGGAGAGAGAAACUCACCGGAAAAUACAAAAUCCGCCGGAGCUCCGGCGAUUCUCUUUCUCUCUCCUCCGAAAAUCCACCGGAGCUUUUUCUGUAUCUCAUCGUCUAGGUCAAGGUGGAUUUGGUUCCGUUUACCGAGCUACUCUUUCUUCGACAGGUGAAAAUGUUGCUGUAAAAGUUAUGGAAACUUCUGGAACGAUUCAAGGUGAGCGCGAAUUUCACAACGAAAUUUCGCUCGCGAAUCGCGUAAUUUCGACCGUUGGUUCGCAGUUUCUUGUGUCAGUCGUAGGGUACUCGUGUUCCGGAGGAGGAAUACGGUGUGGUGGUGGUGGAGGUGGAGGAGAGAGAAAGCUUAUUGUGUACGAAUUGAUGGUUAAUGGAAGCUUGCAGGAGAAGCUAUUGGAUUGUAAAUGUGUUGAACUUUCUGUAUGGAAGAAACGGUAUAAGGUAAUACUUGAUGUAGCAAGAGCACUUUAUUAUUUGCAUUAUGAUUGUGGACCUACUCCUGUUGUUCAUGGUGAUGUUAAACCUAGUAAUGUGUUGCUUGAUGAAAAUUUUAAUGCGAAACUGGGGGAUUUUGGUUUAGCUACUAUUUUAGAUGAGAAUGAGAAGGUUAAGGAUGAGGAGGCUAGGGUUUUGGUUGAGAUUGAUGAUGAUGAUUGUGAGUGUAAUGAUAAUGAUAAUGAUGAUGAUGUUGUUAAGGUGAAAAUUGAGGGGGAGAAUGGGUCUAUUGUUGAGGAGGAGGUGGAGAGUGAGAGUGUGGUAACGACGGUUGAACGGUCACCGACUGCGGGGAGUAAUAUGAUGGCUUCGCCAUCGGAUGGGUUCGAGAGAGCGAGUAGUUUGCCGGAGAGUUGGGUGGAUAAGAUGAGUGUUGAGAGUGGGAAAAUUGGGAAGAAGAAGAAUGGUGGGGGUUCAGGGAGGGAUUAUUGGUGGUGGAAACAGGAUAAUGGGGGUAAUGGUGGUGUUGGUGGUGGUGUUGUAGGGUCUGAGUCGGGGAGAGUGAAGGAUUAUGUGAUGGAGUGGAUUGGGAGUGAGAUUAAGAAGGAAAGACCUAAGAGCUCUGAUUUGAUUGGAGGAAGUGGUUCUGGUUUGACUUGUAAUGAUGGUGGUGAUGUUAAAGUUGAGGGAAAGAAGCAAAAGAAGAAGAGGAUGGAUUGGUGGCGGGUUUCGAUGGAUGAGGAUAAGUUUAGGAAGAAGAGGGAAAAGAAUAGGAGGCCUAGGGAGUGGUGGAAGGAGGAGUUCUGUGAGGAGCUGACUAAGAAGAGUAAAGGCGACAAGAAGAAGAAAAAGACGGGGGUGAAAUCGAGUGGUGGGAGUGAAUUGUGGUGGCAAAGGGAUGAGGAUUUUGUUGCCCCUGAGAGGAAGAAGAGGAGGAAAAGUAGGGGUAGCUUAGGAAGCAUUGAUUGGUGGUUAGAUGGUUUGAGCGGUGAGCUUCGGGGUGGCCGGAGAAAUAGUCAAGAUUGGGCGAGUGGCGAUGUACCAAAAAGUGGUGGGAUUAGUAGCACACCUAGUAUGAGAGGCACUGUGUGUUAUAUUGCCCCUGAGUAUGGUGGUGGUGGACAGGUAUCAGAAAAAUGUGAUGUGUACAGUUUUGGUGUUUUAGUAUUGGUCAUCAUUUCGGGUCGCCGGCCGUUGCAAGUAAUGGCUUCCCCAAUGUCGGUAUUCGAGAGGGCUAAUUUGGUUUCCUGGGCUAGACAGUUGGCUUACAAUGGGAAGCUAUUGGAUCUUGUAGACUCCUUAAUUGAGUCAUUAGAUAAAGAUCAAGCAAUGCUAUGUAUCACAAUCGCACUCCUCUGUUUACAGAGAUCACCAUGUAAACGGCCUAAUAUGAAAGAGAUUGUAGAAAUGCUAACAGGCGAGGCCGAGCCACCCCACUUGCCGUUCGAAUUCUCUCCAUCACCGCCUUCAAAUUUCCCCUUCAAGUCAAGGAAGAAGGCUCGGUCAGUUUUUUUAUUGGUAGGAACGGGGAAGGAAGUGUGCGAUGGUGAUUGAUGUGGGACUGUGGGCAGAGCAUCUUUUAAGAUGUUUAUAAGGAGACCAUUGCUUGGUAGACCUGGUUGUUGUGCAGGCUGGAUCGGGCAAUAGCGGGUCACCUUGUAUCAAAAUUUCAGCAACAAAGAUGAAGUGCUAUGAUCUCUAUUUUGAGGAAAACAGAGGAAGCUAUAAUCUCAUGUAGUCCUUCCUGUAUUCUUGAUCUUGAUCCUAUUAGGGGAAUUUAUGUCUCUCUAGAGGGAUUAGGAUCAGGUUCUGCAUAUUGUUCUCUGCCUAUACUAUUUCUUGGCCUGACAGACAAGGGAAACAAUUAGAUUUCAGUGGAAGAUCCCGGUGAUACGACAACAAUUUAAGGAUUGACCUCGCUCUAUCUCCUUUGAAUUGUUGUCGCAUGAUUGCGAUCAUCUGAUCUUCGAUGCACCUAAUAGAUUCUUUUUAAUGGCAAGCCAUCAUGUGGUGAGGCCUUGUAAGCGAACUCGUUUGUGCAACCAACCAGCUGUAGUUACAGUUGCUUCCUUUAUCCUAUGAAUUUGGGGUGAAUUUUCGCAACUUUGAUAAUAUUAAUGUCACACACUAAAAUGCCA